AUGGUUGCUAACCGAGGAACCUUCAUGUUUCUCGGGGACAGCAGCAGCAACCUUCGGGCUGUAAGGAUUGCGGUCUUGUUCUCAUGUAUGGCAGCCGCUCUCGUACUGGUCACGCUCGGGGGCAGGGAUCCCGUCUUCCUUGAGAACGGUAUAGACGAGGAUAUGAAGACGGCCGUGGACAAAAUCAUGGCACGCCCAACAGAAGAAGAUAACAGCGCCAAGACCGUCGCAACGCAUGAAGCAAGAGCUGUGAAAGGCGACUUGAUGAUGGAAAGGGAUCUGAUCAAGCACAUGAAGAUGGUUCGCGCACAACUGGUGAAUGGAGAGCCCAUGGGCACGAAAGACAUCGAAUCUCAAAUCAAGUUUCUCAAGGAGGAUAUCGACUUCCUCCUUCUCAACCCUGAGUCUGCGGGGUAUACCAAGAUCCCGUAUGACAGCAGGAAACGAAGGCUGGAGCUUGCGCAGCGGAUAAAAUCACUUGUCGACUACUUGCAGUAUCGUCUCGUCACCGAGCAUGGGUGCAGCAUUCACGCUGUUCUCAACGAUGGGAGGUGCAUGCCUGACCCUCUGCCCAACAAGCUGCAGGGAGACUGGGAGCAAGAAAUGUACGGCAACUCCUAUCGUGCGUAUCAGCCCUACUACUACGCUCAAGGGCUCGCGAAUGGAGCGUACCCUGGAGGAUUGGCAGGAGGAGGAGGAGGAGGAAGCACAACCAAGACUGUGGGCACGGAGAUCAAGGCUAAUGGCAAGAAUAGCCGCAACGACUUUGUCAUUUUUGGUGGGCCUGUCAGCGUGAAGUUUCCUGCUCCUGCUCCUGCGUACACUACCAUUGUCUCAGGGAUGCCGGGAGGGCAACCCAUGGGCUCGCUGCUGCAGCCAGGGCCUGGCAUUGGGCGGUGA